UGAGUAAAUAAAUAUUGUACUGCAUUCAUCGACACUACAGUGUCAGUGCGCGGUCUACACAGACGCCAGGCGUUAUCACACAGAAAAUAACAAAGUAUGCUGCUCUACAUAUGGAUAGCCACCAUUUUCGCAGCCCUCUGGCUGUACUUGAGACGAGUACACUCGAGGUUCACCCGGUAUGGCGUGAAGGAGAUAACGCCUGUCCCAUUUUUCGGCAACCAGCUACCAGGACUUAGGCAAAAGGAGCACCUAAUAGAACAUUUGGACCGGAUCUACAAGUCCUUCCCGGAGGAGAAGUUUGUGGGAAGGUGGGAAUUUACGAAUCCAACGGUAAUGCCACGAGACAUCGAGCUGAUAAAGAAGAUAACCAUCAAAGAUUUCGAGUACUUUAUUGACCACAGAUCGGUGGUUGACGAACAUAGCGAUCCUUUCUUCGGUAGAAACUUGUUUGCUUUAAAAGGUGAAGAAUGGAAAGACAUGCGCUCGACCCUCAGCCCAGCGUUCACCAGCUCCAAGAUCAGGUUGAUGGUGCCCUUCAUGUUGGAACUCGUCAACCAGAUGAUAGAUACUUUGAAAGCGCAACUUAAAGAAUCAAACGAAAACUACAUCGACGUUGAUGUGAAAGACCUCACCACUCGUUACGCCAAUGACGUCAUCGCUUCGUGUGCUUUUGGGCUUAGAGUUAACUCUCACGCUGAACCAAACAACGAGUUUUAUAGUGUGGGAAAAAAAGCCCUAAACUUUGGCUAUAAAGCAAUAUUGAAAUUUCUAGGAUUUUUCCUUAUUCCCGGCGUUAUGAAACGUUUAAAAUUGAAAGUCUUUGAUGAAUCCAUCACGAACUUCUUCAAAAACAUGGUGACCGAUACAAUGCACGAAAGGGAGGUGCAUAACAUCUUCAGGCCAGACAUGAUACAUUUACUGAUGGAAGCAAAAAAAGGAAGACUGGUUCACGAAGACAAAAGCAAUGACGCUGAUGCAGGAUUUGCAACUGUUGAGGAGUCUUUUGUUGGAAAGAAGAAAGUAAAUAGAGAAUGGUCCGAUAGCGACCUGAUCGCUCAAGCUGUGCUAUUCUUCAUCGCCGGAUUCGAGACAGCUUCCACUGCGAUGUCGUUUGCACUCCACGAGCUGGCCCUCAACCCAGAUGUCCAGGACAAACUGCUGGCUGAAAUCAAAGAGAAUGAAGCUAAAAACGGUGGCAGAUUCGACUACAAGACCAUUCAGAAUAUGGUUUACAUGGACAUGUUCGUUUCAGAGGUCUUAAGAAUGUGGCCAGCUGCGAUACAGUUGGAAAGAGUGUGCCAUAAAGACUACAACUUGGGAAGACCAAAUAAAGAGGCUACGCAAGAUUUCAUCGUUCGUGCUGGUGAAGUGAUUGUCAUCCCGGUUUACUCAAUUCACCGAGACCCAAAGUAUUUUCCUGAUCCUGAGAAGUUUGACCCGGAAAGGUUUUCUGAAGAGAACAAACAUAAAAUCCAACCGUUCACAUACUUGCCCUUUGGGGCGGGUCCAAGAAAUUGCAUUGGGUCACGGUUCGCCCUGUGCGAAGUGAAGGUGAUGCUGUACCAGCUGCUGCUGCAGAUGGAGGUGUCUCCAUGCGCGAAGACCUGUGUGCCCUCCCGCAUAGCGAGGGACAAGUUCACCUUCACCCUGCAAGGGGGCUUCUGGGUCCGGCUGAAGAUGAGAUCCACAAUAACAACUACUGUGCUGAGUUCCUUCCAAACACCUAAAUUAGGUUCAAUAAACGUCGCGUCGUUUCAAAGUAUUAUGUCAUGCGCAGUGUCACGGUCACUGCGGCGCCGACUCGACCACACGCGUCGCCACAUAGAGAAUAUGUUGCUCUACAUUUGGAUAGCAACCAUUUUCGCAGCCCUCUGGCUGUACUUCAGACGGCUACAUUCGAGGUUCUCCCGGUAUGGCGUGAAGGAUAUACCGCCUAUCCCACUUUUGGGCAACCAGUUACCACUCUUCCGACAAAAGGAGCAUUUAGUGGAACAAUUGGAUCGGAUCUACAAGGCCUUCCCUGAGGAAAAAUUUGUGGGAAGGUGGGAACUGAUGAACCCAACAUUGAUACCACGAGACAUCGAGCUGAUAAAGAAGAUAACCAUAAAGGAUUUCGAGUACUUCAUCGACCACAGAUCUAUGGUUGACGAAAAUAACGAUCCUUUCUUUGGGAGAAACCUGUUUACUUUAAAAGGUCAAGAAUGGAAAGAUAUGCGCUCGACCCUCAGCCCAGCGUUCACCAGCUCCAAGAUCAGGUUGAUGGUGCCCUUCAUGUUGGAACUUGCCAACCAAAUGGUUGAAUUUUUGAAAACAAACCUUAAGGAAUCAGGCGAAAACUACAUCGACAUUGAUGUGAAAGACCUUACCAGUCGUUACGCCAAUGACGUCAUAGCUUCAUGUGCUUUUGGGCUUAGAGUUAACUCUCACACUGACGUUAACAACGAGUUUUAUCAUGUAGGAAAGAAUGCUCUCAACUUCGGCUAUAAGCAAAUGCUAAAAUUCCUGGGUUAUUUUCUUAUUCCUACUAUUAUGAAGACUCUAAAUGUAAAGAUCUUUAGUGACACUACCAUAAACUUCUUUAAAAAUAUGGUCACUAGCACAAUGCAAGAAAGGGAGGUGCAUAAAAUCAUCAGGCCAGACAUGAUACAUCUGCUGAUGGAAGCCAAAAAAGGAAGACUGGUUCACGAAGACAAAAACAAUGAUGCUGAUGCAGGAUUUGCAACUGUUGAGGAGUCUUCUGUUGGAAAGAAGAAAGUCAAUAGAGAAUGGUCAGACAACGACCUGAUCGCCCAAGCCGUGCUGUUUUUCAUCGCUGGAUUUGAAACCGUUUCCACUGCAAUUUCGUUUGCAUUCCACGAGCUGGCCAUCAACCCAGAUGUUCAAGACAAACUGCUGGCGGAAAUCAAAGACAAUGAAGUUAACAACGGCGGAAAAUUCGACUAUAAGACCAUAACGAAUAUGGUUUACAUGGACAUGUUUGUUUCAGAAGUCCUAAGACUGUGGCCGGCUGCGAUGCAGUUAGACAGAGUGUGUCUAAAAGACUACAACUUGGGAAAACCAAACAGCGGGGCUACACAGGAUUAUAUUAUUCGUGCUGGUGAAGGAAUCAUCAUCCCGACUUACUCAAUCCACCGAGACCCAAAGUAUUUCCCUAAUCCUGAAAAGUUUGAUCCAGAAAGAUUUUCUGAAGAAAACAAGCAUAAAAUACACCCUUUUGCCUACAUGCCCUUUGGAUCUGGCCCAAGAAAUUGCAUAGGUUCAAGGUUCGCCCUGUGCGAAGUGAAGGUGGUGCUGUACCAGCUGCUGCUGCAGAUGGAGCUGUCUCCGUGCGCGAAGACCUGCCUGCCCUCACGCGUGGCCAGAGACGCCUUCAACUUCAGCCUGCACGGCGGCCAUUGGGUUCGGCUGAAGAUGAGGACUUAGGGUCUUCCUUUGAUUGGUUGUAAUGUUAAGGACUGCUUCUGAUAUUAAUUUCGUAUUUCGAUUAAUUUCAAAAAUUCUAUUUAUAUUAUAAAGUUUUC